AUGAACAGCACCAUCCUCUUUGCUCUAGUCGCUUUGGUUUGUUGCACAUUUGCUGACGAGCACCACCACCCUAAGUCCUACAGCACAGGCUUUGGUGAAUACGGUAGUGGCCACCAUGGGCAGGAUCACAGCCAAUCCUAUAAUCGAGGUUACGUGAAAGGUUUCGACAAGGGAGGACAUGGCGACUACGGCAGCCACAAGUACGGCGGAUGGGGAAACUAUGCCAAAGGAAAGGAACACGAAGUACAUUACGGAUCUGACUGGGACGACGACUACGGUAAAGGACAUCAUGGCAAGGAGCAUCAUGUAAAUGGCUUCGAGUACCACGAUGGCGAUCACAACCAAGGACAUCACGACCACGACCACGAUCAGUUUGGCCAUGGACACGACCACGACUAUGGACAUGAUCAUUACGGACCUCAGGAUCACCAUGACCAUGAUAAUCACGGUGAUCAUCAAGAAGUGAGUCCACAUUUAGAGUACGGCUACGGCUACGGUGAAUAUGGCGCUGGCCAUCAUGGACACGACCAUGGUUCCAAGUAUGGCACUGGCUAUACGAAAGGAUUCGACGAGGGGGGUUAUGGCGACUACGGCAGCCACAAGUACGGCGGAUGGGGAGCUUACGCCAAAGGGAAAGAGCAUGGAUCGUACUACGGUAAUUCUGUGAGCGUAUAUCAACGUCUGAAUGAGAACAUGAGGAUUUUCCAGGAUCUGAGUAUGACGACGACUAUGGCAAAGGGCACCACGGCAAGGAGCAUCACGAAGGCGGUUUCGAGUACCACGACGGCGAUCAUGACCAUGGUCAUCAUGGACACGAUCACGACGACGAUCAUUACGGCCAUGGACACCAUCACCAUCACCACCCCCAUGACCACCACCACCAUCAUCAUCAUCACCCCCAUGGACACCAUCAUGGUUUCGACCACGAUCAUUUCGGUCAUGGGCACGACCACGACUUCGGUCACCACGGCCAUCACCACGGUACUACUUCCUUUUUUCACCGUUGUAUAA